AGGCCUCCUCGGCCGGCCCCGUCCGCGCUCCGCCUUCCCGCGGCCCCGGCGGCCCGGCCCCCGUCCCUCGCGGGCCCCGACUCCUUGUCUCCGCAGCCCCCGGAGCCCGGAGCCCGGAGCCCGGCUCGGGCCGCACCGCCCGCGGCCGGGGAGAGCGGCCGAGCCAUCUCCAACUGGACAUCCAGGGCACCUCUCCUGUUCUUUCUGAGACUUCAGUUGGAAGUUAACAAGACUCUACGGCCUGAAAGGGAAAUCAAAGGUGCCUUGGGCCUGCUGAGAUCCAGCCCCAGUCAGAUGAAGCCUUCCCUUAUUGGAAGAAAAACAAGAAUGCACUUUAAAAACCACUUCUGGUUUAUAAGGUGACACAUUAAUGCUCAAAAUGACAGGAAAUCAAGAUGAUUCUGUCUGCGGGGUUUCACUUAUUAAGAUUUAAUUUGCUCCUGUGCUUUGCUCCAAUCGCUCUGUGCUAGCAAACUAGCUAUAAUUAGAUUAGCAGCCUGCUAAACGCUGGUGACAGCCUGAGCCUCAGAGAGCAUGUGCCGGAUUCCGCCCGAGCCGCUCCUCAUUGGCUGCUAGCCUAGCUGCUCGCCGGUUUGAUAGGUUUCCACAGUACUCGUUAUGCUGCAUUGGAGACACGGAUACAGAGAUACUCUGCUGCGUUCUGGCCACGGUGGAGGUGCUUAGCUGGUAACGUUACAGGAGGAAUCAGGCACCGAGGAGAAGGCGACCGUCUUUGUUGAGAGAGCGAGGCAGUCACCGACUGCCGGCUGCCAGAGGAGAUCAAGGAAGAAGUGUCAGUUCAUGAUAUUUCGUGCAGCAGAGAGUACUUUAAGAGAGGAAGGAUUCCCUGUGACUUCUGCCUGCAAUCCGUAAAAUACUCAGUCCUCUUUCAACUCUGCCUGCAGUCGAACACAAAGACCUGGAGGAGACUCCCACAUCCUUCGGGGAGGAGAAAGGAGGCGGCGAAGCAGCUGAAAGGAACUUGGGGCUUGGGGCCUCUCCGCACCGGGCGGCCGGCGAGGCGGCCAGGGAACUAAAGCCGCGGGGCGGUGAACGAGCCGGGAGAUGAGGCGCUGCCGCCGCUGCUGCCGCCGCCGCCGCCGCUGACACUCGGUUCCGGACCGUCCGCUGCCCUUUGUGCCGCCCGCACAUGUGUCUGCCCGGCGCAUCCGGAGGCGCGCAGACGAGCAUCCACCACGGCCGCCGGGGAGAGAGCGCCCGCCAUGCCCACGGAGAGCCUGCAGACAGGUAGCAUGGUGAAGCCGGUCAGCCCCGCCGGCACCUUCACGUCGGCCGUGCCCCUGCGCAUCCUCAACAAGGGGCCCGACUACUUUCGCCGGCAGGCGGAGCCCAACCCCAAGCGACUCAGCGCCGUGGAGCGGCUGGAGGCCGACAAGGCCAAGUACGUCAAGAGCCAGGAGGUCAUCAACGCCAAGCAGGAGCCCGUGAAGCCGGCCGUGCUGGCCAAGCCCCCCGUGUGCCCGGGCGCCAAGCGCGCGCUCGGCAGCCCCACGCUCAAGGGCUUCGGCGGCGGCGCCAAGAGCGAGGGCGGCGCGCCGCGCGAGACCCUGAAGCUCGAGAUCCUCAAGAACAUCCUCAACAGCUCGGAGGGCUCGAGCGCGGGCUCGGGCCACAAGCACGGCGCGCGGAACUGGCCGGCGCCGCGCGCCGACGCGCCCGAGCUGCACCGGCACUCGUUCGCCGAGUCGCUGCGCGUGCGCGCCACGCCCGGCCGCGGCAGCCCGCAGGAGGGCGGCUCGCACGUGGGCCGGCGGCCGCUCGAGCCCGCCGCCGACGCCUUCCUGCACGUGUCGCACAGCUCCUCGGACAUCCGCAAGGUGACGGGCGCCAAGCCCCUGAAGGCCAUCCCCUGCAGCAGCUCCGCGCCGCCGCUGCCCCCCAAGCCCAAGGUCGCCGCCCCGGCCGCGGUCAGGUCCCCCGAGGCCGAGGCGGCCGAGCCGGCCUGCGGGGUGGGCCGGAGACCCUCGCUCCAGCGGUCCAAGUCGGACCUGAGCGACAGGUACUUCCGGGUGGACGCCGACGUGGAGCGCUUCUUCAACUACUGCGGACUGGACCCCGAGGAGCUGGAAACCCUGGGCAUGGAGAACUUCGCCCGCGCCAACUCCGACAUCAUCUCCCUCAACUUCCGCAGCGCCAGCAUGAUCAGCUCAGACUGUGAACAGUCGCAGGACAGCAACAGUGACCUUAGAAACGAUGACAGUGCCAAUGACCGGGUGCCCUAUGGCAUCUCCGCGAUCGAGAGAAACGCUCGCAUCAUCAAGUGGUUGUAUAGCAUCAAACAAGCCAGAGAGUCGCAGAAGGUGUCCCACGUGUAAGAGGAAGCGCGCGCAGCGGAGGGAGGGGGGUCUCUGUCCGUGCCUCGGCAGUUAUGGAGGUUGUGAGGUCUCCUUGCAGUGUUGUGAGCUUCUCCACUCUCUUUGUGUUGCUUGUUGUGCAAUGUCUUUCAAGUUGCAUGCCCCCCAACGUGGGGACUGACCUGGCGUCCUCGGCCACUGUCGCUGCAGAGCCUGGCCGAUCGCUAGUCAUACGCCAGAAGUUCCGGGCCAGAUUCACACUAGGGCUUCGAUCUUCAGCAAAACUGUUUACAAGGAAAACGGUAUACAACUUCUUCAAUAUUUAUGUGGUUCCUGUGUUUUUAUAUCCCGCGCUAUGGUGUCUUAAUUAAAAGUUUUAUCCACUGGCUUUUAAGUUGGGAGUAGCAUCUUUUUGAAAUUAAAAAAAAA